GUGUAAUCUAUGAAAUGUAAAUAAAGGUUUGUAAUGAGAAGGAAAAAUCUUCACAAUUCUAAUUUAAAUUUUAGCUUCAAUUUUAGUUUAGCUUAAUGUAAAAUAUGAUGUGAGAUAACAUGCUGAUUUUCUAAAACACAAACAAAGCUUAGUUUCUCAUAUGCGUAUGGAAAUCUAUAGUAUAUUAUAUAAUACGACAAAUAUAACAGUUGCAGAUCUUAUCUGCGCAUAACAAGAGCUAAUUUCGAUUUAAUUGCUUUGUGUACGAAUUAAUUCCAGUUGAAUGUCUCUGUCAUCUAGUCAGAAUAUUAUAGUGUUUGGAGAUAAGAUAAAAACACUUUUGCUCAGCUUAUAAUUGAGGCGUCAGUAAUAAAAACACGCUCUUAUUGAGAAAAAGUGUCGUAUGCUUUUUUCUGGCAAAAAAUGUCAAUUUUAAAUUUUAAAGAUAUUAAAUUAGUGAUUUCACGCGCCCUUAGUCCCGAGACCGAAAUUCUCAAGUAUCGCUUCAAGCCGUUCACGAAGAGCAAAACAGGCUGUUUUGGCACUCAUAGCUCCUUGGAAGUUAUAACUCAGCAAGAGGCAAACAAAAAAAAGUAUGUCGUGUCACAGUCGUUUUUCGUUAAAACCUUUCCCGAAUCUUUUUUAAUCAGAGAAGAGCUCAUGGACGAAGACAUGUUCACCGAAGAAGUUCAUUUUUACGAUGAAGUUCAGCCUUUGAUGAUGAAUAAACUUAAACUUCAGAGGUGGUCACCGAAGUGCUACCUCGCUAGGGAACACACGCUUGUGUUUGAAGAUUUAAGAGCUCAAGAUUUUAAUGUCAUUGCGAGCAACGAAUUUGAUCUAUUGCAUUUGAGGGCGGCACUGUCAGCUUUAUCUAGAUUCCAUGCCUCAACGAUAUUGACGGAAAAACGAUUGGGAAUAACUAUGAAACAAGCUUAUCCGAAUGCAUUCAACGAGAAAUUAUUUGCGUACCACAAAAAAUUUGCUAGAGGCAUACCAGUUGGCUUCGAUGCCAUCGCUUAUAUGGCCAAAAAGUUCGGCUUGAACUCGAGCAUUGUGCCAAAAAUUUACAAUUUAGUUUUUGGUCUCGUAAAAAUGCAAGGCAAUGGUUGCAACGUCAUUUGUCACGGUGAUUUAUGGAAGAAUAACAUUUUAUUCGAUAAAACAGUACCUCAUCCAAAUUGCGUAAUGGUGGACUAUCAAUUCUUGAGAUAUGCAUCCCCAAAUACCGACGUUGCUAUGCUCAUUUACUUGCACACGAAUCCAGAGUUUCGACAAAAACAUGAAUUGGACAUGUUUAAUCACUACUACUCGAGUCUGAAUGGUAUACUGUCGAGGAAUAAAUGCGCACUUGAAGAAUUUUCUUACGAUGUCAUGUUGAAAGAUUAUCACAAACAUAAAAUAGUGGGAAUGGCCCUAGGUUGCUUAUAUCUUCCUGGAGUAUUUUUGAAACCGGAACUUUUACAGAAAAUAAUGAACGAACCAGAAACAAUGAACGCUUGGUUUUUAGGAAACAGAAAAAAAAUAAUACAACAGAAUAUGGAUGACCAUCCGGACUACGAACAGAACUUGAAGGAUAGGAUCGUUGAAUUGAUACAGGAGGCAGAGAAAGUCAUACUUUCUGGAUAUAAUUAAGUAUUUUAUUUAGUUCAUCAGCACAUUUUUAAAUUCCAACUGACCCUAUAAUAGUUUCACCUUUAUAAUUGUAUUAUCAAUUUUUAACGCUUUAUAUUUUGGAAAUUAGCAUUUAAUAAAGAGUGUAUUAAAAUUAAAAUAAAAACGCAACAUUUUAUUUGAAAACUUACAGAAUCUUGGAAUUGCCAACGAAUGUAGAGUGAUAAUAAUUUUACUCAAUUAUAAACAACUCGUAUUGAGUCUUAUAUUAUUUUGACAAUUUUUAAAUUAAAUAAUUUAUGCAAU